AUGGCAAGUAUGGCUGCAAUCCUCACCUGGGCCUUGGUUCUUCUCUCAGUGUUUGCUACCACCCAGGCACGGAAGAGCUUCUGGGAUUACUUCAGCCAGAGCAGCAGGGGCAAAGGCACCAGAGGCCAGGCACAGAAGCUGGCCAAGGAAAGCCUGAAAGACAGCUUCGAGCAGGACCUCAGCAACAUGAACAAGUUCCUGGAAAAGCUGGGUCCCCUGAGAGGGCCAGGGAAUGAACUUCCCGGGCUGGCACAGGACCCGGAAGUCAUGCGGCAGCAGCUGCAGCAGGAGCUGGAAGAGGUGAGGGCGCGCCUGGAACCCUACAUGGCCGAGGCGCAUGAACUCGUGGGCUGGAAUUUGGAGGGCUUGCGGCGGCAGCUGAAGCCCUACACGGUGGAGCUGAUGGAGCAGGUGAGCCUGCGCGUGCAGGAGCUGCAGGAGCAAUUGCGCCUGGUGGGAGAAGGGACCAAGGCCCAGCUGUUGGGGGGCGUGGAGGAGGCGCUGAGCCUGAUGCAGGAAAUGCAGAGGCGUGUGCUGCACCACACCGGUCGUGUCAAAGAGCUCUUCCACCCCUACGCCCAACGCCUAGUGACGGGCAUCGGGCACCACGUGCAGGAGCUCCACCGCAACGUGGCUCCGCACGCCGCCGCCAGCCCCGCGCGCCUCAGCCGCUGCGUGCAGGCGCUCUCCACCAAACUCACGCUCAAGGCUCAGGCCCUGCACGCGCGCAUCCAGCAGAACCUGGACCAGCUGCGCGAGGAGCUCAGCGCCUUCGUCCGCGCCAGCGCCGAUGGGGUCGAGGAGGGCACCUCCCCGGACCCCCAGAUGCUCUCUGAGGAGGUCCGCCAGAAACUCCAGGCUUUCCGUCAUGACACCUUCCUCCAGAUCGCCGCAUUCACUCGCGCCAUCGACCAGGAGACAGAGGAGGUCCAGCAGCAGCUGGCGCCACCCCCGCCAGGCCACAGCGCCUUCGCCUCCGAGUUGGGACACCCAGACACUGCCAAGGCCCUGAGCAAACUGCAGACCCGACUCGACGACCUAUGGGAAGACAUCACCUACAGCCUUCAUGACCAGGGCCAUAGUCAUCUGGGGGAGCCCUGA